GUGUACACGAAGAAGAAGAAGUCGUCCUCGCGGGGUGAACGUGCACGUUUCUAACUCCCUGGUGUGACCUGCCACUUGGAGUUUGACCUAGAUCAGUGAUAUGUGGUCACCUCUUCACCGCGCGCUCACUUUCAGACCAGCUAUCGAAGAAGUAACGACCGCGGAUCGACCGGCGGGGGUUUGUUAGAGACCGAGCCGCGCCGCGACGCUUUUGAGGUCGUAUAAAGUCACCAGGAACGAGCGCGACUCGCACCCUCCGCAUGAGCACCACACGGACACUAACACUGCUGCCCUGUCCGGUGCGUCCCGGGGAGUAUGAGCCAGAGAGACACGCUGGUGCAUCUGUUUGCUGGAGGAUGUGGCGGUACGGUUGGUGCGAUCCUGACCUGUCCACUAGAGGUGGUGAAGACGAGGCUUCAGUCUUCCUCAAUAACCCUUUGCAUCUCUGAGGUGCAUCUGAGCACAGUUAAUGGAGCCAGUGUGGCACGUGUGGCUCCUCCGGGGCCCCUGCAUUGUCUCAGACUAAUUCUUGAGAAAGAAGGACCUCGUUCUCUAUUUCGGGGCCUGGGCCCCAAUCUAAUCGGAGUGGCUCCUUCAAGGGCCAUCUACUUCGCCGCCUAUUCCUGCUCAAAGGAGAGACUGAACGGUGUGUUUGAACCAGACUCUACGCAGGUGCACAUGACGUCUGCUGGGAUCGCAGGGUUCACAGCCAUAACAGCAACCAACCCAAUUUGGUUGAUUAAGACGCGUCUACAAUUGGACGCCAGGAAACGUGGGGAGCGCCGCAUGAAUGCUUUCGAGUGUGUGCGUCGUGUGUAUCAGUCAGAUGGGCUACGCGGGUUUUACCGCGGCAUGUCUGCCUCUUAUGCAGGCAUCUCAGAGACUGUGAUUCACUUUGUGAUCUAUGAAAGCAUAAAACGGCGUCUUUCAGAGGCCAAAGCCGCAACGCACAUGGAUGGGGCCGAGGACACAGCCAAGGACGCGUCGGACUUCGUGGGCAUGAUGCUGGCAGCCGCCACUUCCAAGACCUGCGCCUCCUCCGUCGCCUAUCCGCACGAGGUAAUCCGUACGCGGCUGAGAGAAGAAGGUAACAAGUACCGCUCGUUCUUCCAGAGCCUCAACCUGGUGAUUAGAGAGGAAAGCUACCGGGCUCUUUACCGAGGACUCACCACACAUCUGGUCAGACAGAUCCCCAAUACAGCCAUCAUGAUGUGCACCUAUGAGUUCGUCGUAUACCUGCUCGAAGGCUAAACGUUGACUUGAGGUGCCUCGGUGUUCACGGACGAAGAGUUCACACUUCGGGAGAAACGACUAAACAUUGUUCUCGUUUCUUGGACUUUCUUAACUUUCUGUCUUUUAACGUUCCUCCAAAUGAUGCUGCUUCUAAAAAGCCUUGACGUUCGGUUCGCAUUCAGCCUCCUCAGAAUUAGUUUUUCCAUCUCAAACGGCGCCUCAGCGCCAGAUCGCUCUUGUAUGUGGAUUCAACAGCUCAUUUCUGUCAGAGAAGCUGUUUCUUUGUUCACUGGAUUUUCUCGAGCUUUGAGCUGGAAACGAAUCGGAGAGAAUCCAGACCGAGGCUUGCUUCCUGUUUAGGAGCGGCCUAUCAGGGUGCACUUACAAUACUCGAUGCAGAUGCAAAAACAUCUUACGUGGAUGCCUGUGCGCACGCGGGUGUGCAAGAAAAAGAUGUCCGAGAGUGCGUUUAGUUGUUUGGACGCUGUACAGAUGAUUGUUUGCUAAUCUCCGAGUGUCAUAUGCGUGCUAUCGUGUGCUUGCUUCCCACGUUUGACCCUAAUACGUGAAUGUAACAAUCACUGCAGCCAAAAUAGGUUGCCGGCACAAAAGAAACUUAAUAUAAAUAGAUAUAUGUACUCAGCUGCAAUGUGACUAAUGAAAGAAGGAAUAAUCAUUCAAAAAAGGUAAUAUGCAAGAAAGUUAUUGCACUGUAACACAAAAUAAGUUGUUUUUUUGUUUUUUUUUUGGUGGACAUGUUGCACCCCCAUCACAAAAACACACAAUGGGCACAAAAAAAAUUAAUGCAGAGUUUGAGGCCGUAGAAAGGAUUCUCAUGUUGCAAAAGAAAAACGGCUUUUGUCUUUUUGUAGUAAAAAUACCAAGACAUCCUUUGAAUAAGACCACUUUGCUUGAGAAGCAUUAAGACGAUAGACAGUGUGGAAUUAUUAUUAAAUCAUUAUGAUGAUUUAUAAUAUAACAUCAUAAAGCAUAAACCUGUUUUAAAAUGCAGUGCGUAUUCACUAAGAAUGUCUUUUUAUUGUAUUCACAUUUAUGCCUGUUUCGAGUGAAAUGAUCUUAUUUUGUAAGGAUGUUCGUUAUUUUCAUGAAAACAAGACCAAAAUGCUGCUUGAAAUGUAUUGCGGUGCAGACAGGAAAGGUUACUAAAAUCUAAAACAUCGUCAAGCUGUCAAAACUCACUUUUUCGCUUUGAUUUUUUUUUUUUUUUUUUGCCUUUUCUGAAGCGUCACGAGUCCAGUGUUUGGUUGUUUUGUUUACGCUCAGCUUGGUGUGAGCUCUGUUGUCGCUCUUUGUUAGGACAUUCGUAUUCGGCAGUUGAUCAUUUGGGAAAUAAAAUAAAUGCAUAUAUGAAAACAAA